UUGCCAUUCGUAUAAACACUUGAAAAAUUCGUUGAAUUUGUUGAGAGUUUUCGUGUGCAUUUACUUUGAAAUUUUCAACUUGACUUGAUAUAAAAUUAUUCAAAAUUAAUUUCUUACAAACAAAAUAUGUUACAUUUAUUCAAUGAAUUUAAGGCGACUUCAAAGAUUAGAAAAUUGUACGCAAUGUAUGACCUGAGAAAAGUACCAGAUUCCUGAGAAGGAUUUCUGAAAGAAAGAACGAAAGAAAGAAAGAUAGACAUUUCUCUUUCCAUAAAGCAUAUAACGAUCAAAUCUGCCAUUAUUUCUUUUUUAAUUUUUUUGCGGUGCCUUGGUGUUUUUCAAAAUAAUUCAUUAAGUCAUUUAAGAUAUAUUCGAAAAUGAAAGAUAUGCAACAUGGUCGGUCGUAUGGUUCGUUAGAUGAUAAUCUUAUUCCGCCGGUAAAUAUAAGGAUCGAAAAUGAUGAGAGAACGCCUUUAUUGAUGAAUCAUUGUCAUAGCGUCGGUGCAUUCGAUGAAUGCGAAUACGACGAUGAGCUAUGUAACGAUAGGCUGCUGACGUCGUUUAAUUCGUUAGACGAUAAUGUUACCACUGUGACAUUGAUUAGUACCGUACCUGAUGCUAGGAACAAUGUCGAAGCUUUUCAUUGGGAAUUACGUUUGGUGGCCUUUAUCCUCUUACUGUUAACUAGUGUGGCACUGGCUAUAUAUCUGCUGAUAAUUGAAUCCCGUUUGCCAGCUGUAACGUUUUCUCUGGACUUGAUCAGUCACGAUAUAUGGAGCAAAAUGCAAGUAACAAACGAGAAUCGCAGGAAUUACGAGAACAUUACCAAAAUAAUACUUAUGCAGACGGGUGGUGAGAAUUGUUUUACACCAAAGAGUUGCUUAGAGAUUUUACGGAAAAUGCAGCUGAACUAUAAUAGCGAAGGUUUAGAAUUACCUUAUAAUUUCCUAAUAGGCGGUGAUGGACAAACGUAUGAGGUGCGUGGUUGGGAAUAUCCGAAUGGUAUGACUGGGGUCUCACAAAAGGAUUCACUUUUAAUUGGAUUAAUAGGCGAUUUCACUUAUGCAGUGCCUAAUGCCAAAUUGUUGACGACAAUACGUUCGUUAAUUAAAGAAUCUCUGAAACGUCAUAAAAUCCAUGAUAAAUAUCGUAUAUAUGGUUUACGAAAUAUGACGCAACUACAAAAAAAACAAUCAUCACGUCACGAAGGCGAAAAAUUAUUCGUCGAAAUUAUGAAAUGGUCAGAAUUUGAGAAUAUUUUCUUCAUUUAAUGACAGAGAGAGAGAGAGAGAGAGAAGAGACGAAGCUCAAUUCAAAAUUCGAUAUGUCGAUGAAAUAAAUUCCGUUAUUAUUUUCUGUGAAAAAUUGAGAAUUUAUUUGAAACUUAUAAAUAAAAUUGAAACAAAUUAAAGAGAAAAAAA